CCAUACCGCAGAUUAAGCAUAAAUGGUCUCUUAGCCAUCAGAAGAUAGCAAACUAAUUUAACUACAAUAUUUCAUCGAUUGGUCGAUGCAUGAAUAUUAAACCCGUGUUAUAACGUUACAUAAUAGUAAGAGACCUUUAGCUGAUAUAUUACUUUAUCUAUGUGUUUUAGAUGGAAACUAGCUAACGUUACUGUUAACCAAGAAGACUCAGGACCAGCGUUCGGUACUUGAAUUAUGGAUGAGCCGGAGCUUCUGCUGGACUCCAAUAUCAGACUUUGGGUGGUCUUGCCCAUCGUCUUUAUCACGUUCCUUGUUGGGGUAAUUCGACAUUAUGUCUCCAUUCUGCUUCAGAGUGACAAGAAGCUGACAUUAGAGCAGGUGUCAGACAGCCAGGUUCUUAUCAGGAGCAGAAUCCUCAGAGAGAAUGGGAAGUACAUUCCGAAACAGUCUUUCUUGAUGAGGAAGUAUUACUUCAAUAAUCAAGAAGAUGGCUUCUUAAAAAAUACCAAAAGGAAGGUUGUUCCUCCCUCCCCAAUGACAGACCCCAGCAUGCUGACAGACAUGAUGAAAGGCAACGUGACCAAUGUACUUCCCAUGAUCCUCAUCGGAGGCUGGAUCAACUGGACCUUCUCGGGGUUUGUCACAACCAAGGUUCCCUUUCCUCUCACCCUGCGCUUCAAGCCCAUGUUGCAACAAGGAAUCGAGUUACUCUCACUUGAUGCUUCCUGGGUGAGCUCAGCGUCGUGGUAUUUCCUGAAUGUGUUUGGGCUGCGAAGCAUGUACUCCUUAAUUCUAGGACAAGAUAAUGGUGCCGAUCAGUCCAGGAUCAUGCAGGAGCAGAUGAGUGGUGCUGCCAUGGCCAUGCCUGCAGACACAAACAAAGCCUUCAAGGCAGAAUGGGAGGCUCUUGAGCUAACUGACCACCAGUGGGCACUGGAGGGUGUUGAGGAGGAGCUAAUGAGCAGGGAACUGGAUCUAGAUGGAAUGUUCAGUAAGGAGUUACCAACGGGUAUCUUCUGAGUGCCAAUUCAUCACUGCAGGGAACCUGCCACUUGGCAAAAUGGUAGUCUUACUUAGAGGCAGACUUGGAGUUUCUAUAGGAAAUGACAGAGUGGAACAAAGUCCCUGGGCUUUGAUGACAAAUGGAGAUUUAAUGUCUAAAUUAAUUUAACUUACGUCAUUGUCCAUUUCAAGUUUAAUUGGAGAUAGUACCAAGUUCAAUUUAUAAUUGUAACUAUUUUAAAGAUUCACCCUCAGCUACUCAUGACAAAGAAAGGAUAGCAUACAUAAUUGAAAAACUGACAUGUUGUAUACGGUCAAAAACAAAACAUACAAAAGGUCAAUGAGCAUGUGUUGCACCACUUUUUAUUUUUAAUCAUGUUUACCUUGUAUUCUCAGAUUCCACCUACAAUGCCUUCAGAAAGUAUUCAUAACCCUUAUUCCAUAUUUGUUGAUACAGCCUCAAUUAAAAAUGUAUUAAAUGGAUAUACCCACCCAUCUAUACACAAUAACCCAUAAUGACAGUGUAUCUUUGUUGUAACUGGGUGUAUUGACACACCAUCCAAAGUGUAAUAACUUAACCAUGCUCAAAGGGAUAUUCAGUGUCUGCUUUUUUAUUUGUACCAAUAGGUGCCCUUCUUUUGCGAGGCGUUGGAAACCUCCCUGGUCUUUGUGGUUGAAUCUGUGUUUGAAAUUCACUGCUCGCCCGAGGGACCUUACAAUUAUCUCUAUGUGUGGGGCACAGAGAUGAGGUAGAAAAUCAUGUUAAACACUUAUUGCACACAGAGGGGUCCAUGCAACUUGUUAAGCACAGUUUUACUCCUGAACGUAUUUAAUCUUGCCAUAAUAAAGGGGUUGAAUACUUAUUGACUGAAGAUAUUUUAAUUAAUUUGUAAAAACAUAAUUCCACUUUGUAGGCCUGUGACUCAAUUUCAUCCAUUUAAAAUUCAGGCUGUAAUGCAACAAAAUGUGGAAAAAGUCAAGGUGUGAAUACUUUCUGAAAGCACUGUACUUACCAUUUUUUGGGGUCAUAGUUUACUUGUUGGUUAUUUGUGAGCUUGUUUUUUUGUUUUGUGAACAUAAUAGUCAAAUUCAUUGGACAUAAGUUCAACUUAUCCCGUUGGCAGUGAGAGGCGGAUGCUCUGAGCAACAAAAGACAACUAGCAGUUACAAUAUAAACAAAGAACAUGGUUUUACUGCUGGUGAUUAAAUUCCAGUUAUCAUUCCACUUUCAGUUUUGUGUGCAGAAUCAGCAGCUUCAUGUCUGAUGUAAGACACGGCCAGGUCCUAUAUUGGGUGCUGGAAAACUACUGUGUGUGUGAUAGUUAAAUUUGAUGUGUUCUUUUAAAUAUUUAUUUCUCAAAUUGUUUUGGUAACAUUUUCAUGUGUUUUUGUAUAAAGACUGUUUUGACUAAA